AUCCGAUGAAGAGCAUCUGGAGCACUUGAGGAUCGUCUUUGAGCUUCUACGGGCGGCUGGUAUGACGGUGGCUGCUGAGAAGUGCGAGUUUAUGCAGGAUCGAGUGACCUAUUUGGGUCACAUGUUUAAUAGUACUGGUAUGAGUCCCGACUUGGGUAAGGCCGAGGUUAUCUUACGGUGGCCUCUACCUCGGACUGCCCCGGCCCUUCGAUCCUUCUUAGGGCUGGCAGGGUACUAUAGGAAUUUCGUCCCGCACUUUGCGGAUAAGUCUCGGUGUCUUUAUGAAAUUGUGAACUACUGUACGAAGAACAAGGUUGUGGAACUCGGAAAUCAGUGGGGCAAGGAGGAAGAGCUGGCCUUCAAUGACCUGAAGCAGUGGAUAGCCAGUCUCCCCUUGUUGGCCUACCCAGAUUUCUCGAGACCGUUUCAGCUCAUGACCGACGCCAGCGAUGUAGCGAUAGGGGCUGUGGUGGAGCAGGACGGAAGGCCUUUAGCCUUCUUCAGCCAGUCCCUGACCCCUACCCAGAAAGUCUGGCCGGUGUAUGAGCGGGAAGCCUAUGCUAUCUUCAAGGCAUUGGAACGGUUCAGACCGUUGCUCUGGGGUUACCAUUUGGAGUUGGUCGUCUUUUCGGAUCACAAGCCUCUGGAAUGGAUACAGACGGCUACGACGGCGAAAGUGCAACGCUGGCUCAUUAGUAUGUCCCAGUUUAAGUUUAAGGUAUUUUACAAGAAGGGUAAGCACAACGUCGUAGCUGAUGCCUUGUCCCGGAUUACUACAUCCGACGACAAAGUGGCAGAGCCAGAUCUUGGAGCACUCCAGCGUGAGCUGCAAGGUACACCUGCCCUGGUGACAGAUAAGUUGUUGACUGACGACAGGGAGGCCGACGUGAUGGAGAAGGACAAUUUUGCCCCUGCUUGUGUUCUCACCCUCUGUGAGCAAUGGUCAACAGCUGAUUUG